AUGGGUGGCUCUGAGGUGAACCUGAACCACCACCAAACGCGCGGGAGGACUGCUUCGUCCAGGAAGCCAUCCCAGAAGACGCCGGCCGCCAAGUCGAAGGGAGAGGGGCGGCCCAGGUCGGCGACCCGCAAGAAGAAGGCUCUACACACGACGUGUCCAUCCACGGCCACGUAUGAAGAACCACCCCAGCCGGAGCCCGAAGAGGAGGAACCCGAAGAAGAGGAACCCGACGAGGAGGAGCCCGACGAUGAGGAGCCCGACGAGGAGGAGCCCGACGAGGAGGAGGCCGAACACUCUGACUCCUCGUACACCCUGGACCCGGACGAGAUCGGCAGUGACGACGAGGAGAGCCAGAAUCUUCUCCGGUCGUCCAACAUCGCGCCCAUGCGCACAACCCUUGACGUUCGCGUCCCGCGCUCGGCGAUCGGCGGAGGAGGUGUCCGCCGGUCCGAUUUUGCUCGCCGCAAUUCCACCGGUGGCCCUGGCCGCGGAGCCUCGUCCGCACGCGGCCGCCCAUCAUCCGUCGGCGGCCGCACUGGUCAACCCAGUCUUCUAGCCGGCCGCGGACACAGCAGGGCCUCGGGCGGUGGCGCAUCCGGCAGGCCUGGCGCUGGUGCUUCGGACGGUCGCGGCCGCGCGUCAUCCGUGGGCGGCGGCGGUCGUCAAUCCGGUCUACUCGGCGGCCGCGGCUCUGGCAGUGCCUCGGGCGGUGCCCCCUUGGGGUGGCCUGGCGCUGGUUCUUCGGAAGGUGGCGGGUCAACCAGUGAGCGCCACCACAGGGAGGAGUGCCACGAGACGGGCAUUGGCGGGGUAUCAACCAUCAACAUGGAGAUGUCCGGACGAAACCUCUUCGACGCGCUUGACACUGCGCUGGUGCCCAAGGCGGCGAAGACCGCGCUGUUGGGCCUUUUGCUGCAGCUCAUCAGCCCCGACGUGGCCAACAUGCUCGGCGGCGAGUCCUCCAAGAAGACAGUGGGCUCCGACGAGAAGACUGCCCGCGGGGUCGCUGCGAACGUCAUGAGUGUUUACGCCUAUGGUUUCGUCGGCCCCGCCAGGAUGAAAUUUUCCGGCGGGGGGCCCACCAACGCUCUGACAAACCCUUUCCUCGCGUUGGGUUCUCACGCGUGGCCGGGAGCGAGGCAAAACCUGAACACCUUCCCCGGUGAUCCUGGUUUCCGUAGUUGUUGGUGUACUACCCUGAGGUUCAGCAAUCCUGUCGCUGCAUGGUAA